CAAUAAUUAUAUGAUACUUUCUGUAAUCUGUUCCUAUAUUACAUUAGUUACAAGAAUCUCUAAAAUUGUAUUUAUAACUUUUGGAGUAUUAAUGACUUCGAUGAUAAUAACACUUGAUAAUAACACUUUGUAUAACUAUAUAAUAUUUUCAAUUUGUUAUAGAUCGUUUAUGUAUUAGAUCAAUUGCAGGAAGCGAUAAAAUUCAUAUUUAUAGUUAUAGCAUUAUUAGUAACUUUGAUGAUUAUAUCUUAUUCCGGUCAGAGAAUAAUGGACGAAAGUCAGGACAUAUUUUAUCGAGCAUAUGCGGCAGAAUGGUAUAAUUUCUCACCUAGACUAAAAUCUUUAAUGAUAAUAACUCUUUACAGAAGUAAUAUGCCAUGCGGAUUAAAGGCAGGUAAUAUGGUUCCGUUAUCCAUCGCUACCUAUGCGUCAGUAAUACGAAUGGCCAUGUCUUAUUUUACUGCGUUUUUAUCAAUCCAAGAGUGA